AUUUUAAAUAUUGUUCGGUUUAAUUUAAAUUUUUGCGUUGUUUUCACUUGUUUCAUUGUCAAACGUUGAAUGUAAAUGGCAACAAUGCACGUCAACAAGCGAAACUGUAAUGGUGGAUCCUAACAAAUUUCCGAUCCGAUUUGAUUUUCAUUUGUUAAAUAAACCUAGCAAUUUCUCGAAGUUUGGUAUGGAUAGAUUGACAAAAUGAUGCAAAGCAUUAAGGGGGCUCUGCAGCCCUGCACCGAUGGCCCCCUCGACUGGCCAAACAACGAUUCGGUGCUCUGCAUCGCCGUCGAAUACGUCAAGAACGACUACAAAUUACCCACGACCGACAUGCAGCCGCCACCUGAACAACACUCACAGGUGUACACUCACCACCAAUUUGACCAGAACUUGGACAUGUUAGACCCUCAUAUGGAUGCAAUCACACCUUACAGUCCCAUGUACACUGAGACAACAAACCAAAGUGGCAUUGUUAAACAGAUAAUAACAAACACCAGCCAACAACCUGAACCCAAUGAAUUAUCACCAAAUGAUUUCCUACAAAUGGUUGAUAAUUCACAUCCAGUGGUACAAAACAUUCAAAUGGUGCCUGAUCAGGAUCAAGAUGUUGAUAUUCUGAUCACAGACCAGGCUACUGGGAUAUCCUAUUUAGUUGAGAGAUGUUUGAAUGAUUCUCAACUUAUGGACACAGAUGUUUUGUUGGAUAGUGAUUUAUUAUCACUGGAUGAGAAUGUUUUGAAAUCUCAACUUGCUGAGAAUAUAACAGAAGAAACUUUAGGGCAGGAAAUUUUGAAAACAAAAGAGAAUAAUGAGUUUAUUGAACAUGAAGAGGAUUUAGUUCUGGCUGUGCAGCAAAUAUGCGAUCGACCGAUUCAGACACGCGCGAGAGCAUCGUUGCCUGUUUCACAUUUGGUUAUAAACAAAAAUCAACGCGGUGAUGAAAGUGUAUUUGCAAAGAAGUUCAUUCCAUGCCGAACCAAGUUCGGACCGAUCGAAGGUGUCUUAUCCAUGGAUCAAAUCAAAUACGAGCAGGAUCAAGUACAUCUUUCCGUUGAUGUUAAUGGAGUUUUGCAGCGGUUGUAUGUUACAAAUGAUAAUUUAUCUAAUUGGAUGUGCUUUGUUCAACUCGCCACGAAACACUCCGAGCAAAACCUGGUUCUCUUUCAACAAGACAACCAUUUAUACUUUCUUACAACUAAGAAUAUUCACGCUAAGCAAGAAUUGCUUGUCGGCUAUAGUUCUAGUUACGCCUUGCGCAGAAACCUCCCCGUCUUGGAAGCGGAAGUAGACGAAGACGAUCUGUGGCCUUGUUACGAGUGCCCCAUGAAAUUUCUUACCUCCGAAGAGUUUCAGAAACAUUUGGAGAAACACGACGACAAAUUCGCGUCGAAUAACCGCCGAAAUACUCAGACGCAGACACAAUCAAAGCAAUCAAAACCAGAAGUACCUAAAGCGAAUAAAGGUAAAUUACCAGAAGUGAAGAAAAAAGAGGAAUACAAAUGUCCGAAGUGUUACAAAGGUUUCGCGACUAGUGAUCGCAUUCAGCGUCAUAUGAUGGUUCACGGCGAUGAGGCAACCAAACCAUUGCAAUGCGAUAAAUGUCACAAGCGUUUCCUCAAUAGUUCCGCGCUGUCUUGUCAUUUGAAAACACACUUAUUCGGUGUUAAAGUUUACGAAUGCCCGAUUUGCAAAGAGAGUUUCCAGCAUAUUCUACAACUGAAAAGUCACGUGACGAAACAUUCCGUUGACGGAAAAUUUACGUGUCCUUCAUGCAAGAAAGUUUUCGUUAAGUACAGCAUUAUCCGUAAACACAUCAGGGCUUUCCAUUGCGAUAAAGUGCAUGAAUGUCCUGAUUGUGAUAAAGCCUUCCCGACUCUCGAUAAACUCCGUAUGCAUACUUUGAAACACUCGGAUCAUCGCGAGUUUUUAUGCGCGGACUGCGGCAAACAGUUCAAACGCAAAGAUAAACUCCGUGAACAUUGCAAGAAGGUACACAACGAAGACGGCGAAGAAAAAAACGAACGCAAAGUUAAAACUGAACCGACGGAUUAUCAUCGAUUUAUCUAUAAGUGUCACGCUUGUUUAUUGGGUUUCAAACGUCGUGGAAUGUUGGUGAAUCACCUCGCAAAGCGGCAUCCGGAUGUGAGUCCUGAAACAGUUCCGGAGCUGAACUUGCCUAUUUAUAGGAUCACCAAGGAUUAUUAUUGUAACUAUUGCGAGAAGAUUUACAAGUCGAGUUCGAAGCGUAAAGCGCAUAUUUUGAAAAAUCACCCGGGACUGGCGCUGCCGUUGGGACACCGUGCUGCUGAUACAAGCAGUAAAGUUAUGGAUUUGCCGAAUCCGACUUUUUCGCAGACUGUUGGUAGUUUUACGACGCGUCCGCAGGCCUGCUGUUGGUGCCAUCGGCAAUACGCUAGUAAAGCGAAAUUAUUGCAACAUCAGCGUAAGAAGCACUCGGAGAUGAUGGAAAUGGAAAAGCAGAACUUUGCGGAGAAGGAUGUUAAUCUCCUGGCGGAGGUUUGUGAUGUGGCUGGGACGGAGGAAGGGUAUUAUCAGUUGAUUUCACUUGCGAAUGGCAAUCAUCAUCCUGAAGACAUAUCAACCGACGAGAGGCUUUACGGGCUUGUUAACAUUGAAAAUGGUCUUGUUCCUCCACGUUGAAGAAUCGCAAUCGAUCUGAAAUUGUUGGCAACUUUUUGGAUUCCUCGUUGAAUGCAUUGUGAAGACAAUGCGAAUUGGUAACCCGAGGAAGAAUUAAUUGUUUCACUUCACCGGACUUGCUACUAGAAGCGUCCGUUGCGAAGUGGGGUGAAUUAUUGAAUUGCACUGCUUUUGUGCCGUGGGCUGAACACCCACGUACCAUUAGAUGAUUCAACCGUUGUUUAAUUUAUUGUUUUGUUACUUGUACUUGCCGCUGACGCAAAAAUUCGAUAUGACAUUGUUCUUGUUUAGUGAAAAAUGUUUGCCGAUUGUUGCGCAUUUUCACUUUUGCGAAGAUAUUUACUUGUGGACAUUUAAAAUUGGGUCUCUUUGAUAAAAAUUUAGUGCUAUUUGCCCGCAGAUGGCAGAAGUGAUGAAAUUGUAAUGCUCUGCUUUUUGCUGAUUGAUUCUAGUCAAGAUGAAUUGAUGUGUACUUUGGAAAUAUUUGAAUUUUACUAAUUGUACAACUUUAUCUUGAAGCUUAUUAAUUAAUAUAUUGCUGCUUGCUUAAAGA